CCAGUCAUGACAUUAGAGCGCUUCCUUGAGUGGCUGAAGACUCAACCACCUCUCAAACCAUACGACGCCGCCACAGAAGAUCCACCUGAUCACCCAUGGUUUCGCCUGCCAAAAGCUACUAUCGACGAAGGGCUCAAGGAUUUCUCACUUCUUGUAGUGCAUUGUCUCAAGGAUGCACCUCGGGAUGAUAAAGAGCUUCAGCAUGUUCUCCAGACAGCCAAGUCGCUAGCGCAAGUCCCUCUCGGGCCACCAGUAGCUGUUGCAUUCGUUGGCCCUCAAGGCGCAGGCAAAAGUUUGCUACUUUGUGCCAUUUUCGACAGUGAUGGGUUGUCCCUGACUGGUGCUGACGGUAAGGCCUGUACGAGCUCGAAGUAUUUCGGAGAAAUUCAAUUCCUGGACGCAAAGAGACUAGAGGCUAUGUUCGAUGAACUAUGCCGCCACUACUAUUUCUACCACCAUGCGGACGACGACUCAGAUGACGAAGACCUUGCUCCAUCAAAUGCUUCGGGACGUAAACAGAACGUGGAUGGGCUUAAGGAUACAGCAGAAGACAUUCUCACGGCCUUAUGGGGUUCUAAAGCUAGGUUUGAGGAGAACUGGAGUCCAGAAUCCUACAAGAGCGGAGAAUUUGUUCGACUCUGCCGGUUGAAGUUCGAGGAGGCGCUCCGGGCGGAGAACACCAGCAACCAAGGCAUAGCAACAAAGAUGGGAGUUGACCAGCAUGAGAUUCUUGGUCAUCUCAAGCCGUUCAUAACGCAGGUCAAGGGGAAGCAUUGCUUGUGGCCGCUCGUAGACGAUGUCAAGAUCAGCUUCCACCAUCCUUUGCUUGAGCAGAACCUCGAGAUUAUUGAUCUUCCCGGAUGCGGAGAUACGAAUGCUCAACGAGCCCGCCAUAUCGAGGACCUCAGAGAUCGCGUCAGUUUCGAAGUCAUCAUCGCUGACACUGCACGCAUCGAGUCUGAUCACAUGUUCAUAGAGCAAGCGCGCGCUGCUAUCCACCAACAUGGCACACACAACGUUCAGCUGGUGGCGACCAAGAUAGAUGCGCUGGAUGCAAAUCAACUUAUGCAGUAUACCGGCGAGCCAUACGACACAAUCAAGCGCUACAUCAAGGAGAUAGACGAGAAAGAAGAACAAGCAAUGGAUGAUGAAGACGUGGAAACCAUGAUACUGCGCGAUCGACUCAGGAAAUACAAAGCGUAUCUUAUGCGGAGUCUGAAACAACACAAGGUAGCGGAGCGUGCCGAAGCAAUAUCUCAAGGUAUCAACGCCAAACUUCAAGGUCGAACGGCAGCAGCACCCUCUCUGUACCACUCAUCGGCAUUCGAGUACAUGGAGUGGACGACCAAACUCAAGAUCAAUUACUCAAAUCAGCCCGCUCUGUCACCGGAGGAGACUGGUAUAACUCAGUUGCGAAAGAAGCUCAAAUCUCUACCAGCUGAGCAAAAUUUGAAGGGAUACGACGAUCACCUCCACUACGGUCUACAAACCCUCAUUAAUAAGGCAAAACGGACCGUGCAGCAACAAGAUCGCGAUGAUAGUUUCCGAACCAUCGCUGAUGCUAUCGAGCUUCUGGGAAAGAAAUUCCUCGUACGGCUUCUGACAGAACUCAAGACAGCUUUCCAGAAAAUCUCUGACAAGAGUAUUGCGAAACUCAAUCCAGAUGUACCGACUUUCAAGAGCAGGGUGGAGGGGAAAAUAGAGAAUGACUGGUGCAACCUCAAGUUUUUCGCCUUCAACCGCGUUUUGAAAGGACGAGGCAUAGUUGCGAAGGGUGUGACUCAAGCCAAGGGGCUUGAACAGGGUCGAAACUGGAAUCGAGAGCUCUCCGAAGUACUUGCGCCAGGAUUUAGCAAGUGGUACAACGCACAUAUUGCCUCUAUGGAGCCAAUGGAAAGCGCUUUGCGCGUGGCUGUAGACCAGCUGCAUCAAUAUACCAUAGCGACAAUCGAUGAGUCGACUGCAAACAUCGUCACGAUUGAUCAGGCCAAGAAGAGAUGGGGUCCUUACCGAGAGAAGAUCCAGGCUAGGAUGAUGAUACUAAUGGCUGAGGUACGAAGGAUUGAAAAGCGCACACUCGACUGGGCAACAAUGCAAUCCGCACAGUACAACAACCUUGUCGGCUCUAUCACGGACGCCUGGUACGACGACAUCUUUCAUGCUGCUCCAGCACUCAAGCCUGCUGUUCCCGGAAAAAAGAAGCAGUACGUGAAGCCAGGAAAGUUUCAAUACCAGAAGGACCGCAUGGCCACCCAUUUUGUCAAAUCCAAGGAUCCGUUCGUGGAUCGAGCUCUCAACCAAUUCCAGGGGCAGUUUGACGAAGAUAUCAAAGAAUUGCUCGACAAGCGUUUUGCGGAUGUUACCAAGCAACUAGAAGAUUUCGCGAACUAUCUUAGAGGCAAGGCGCCCUUAGAUUACGUGAUGACAUACGACGGCGUGGCUAUUCGGGCACAGUUGGAACAGUUAAUUCCUGGAUUGGAGGAGAAAGCUAAUAACCUCCGGGCACUUCUUCCCCAGCGCGUGAAAGAGGAGGAGCACACAGCGAGAUGCGACUCUACUACCGUUAUUGACGUCAAAGACGGUACCGCGGAAUUCCAAGCUAUCUACGAAAAUGUGGCCAAGCAGAAGCAGCAUGAUCAGGCCCGGGGUUCCAAGCGCGGCAUCGAGCGCGCACUUGAGUCACGAGCAAAGCGCACCAGAUACGAGCGCUCAUGAUUAUCACCCUCAUCAACACACUCUUGAGAUACGCGCGGUAGCUUGGUCCACCUGGCAACACAACUGCUUCCGCCAACAAACGAUGCUACAUUGCUACUACGUUAUCGCUUUGCCGAUAGCCUCGAACUCCUAUCGGAGCUGAAUCUUCUCCAGAUUUUUCUCUUCUCUGCUGCUGCAAUCUGAUUUAGAGGGCUAAAGGCCUGCUGGACUAUGCCAUUAUGGCUGGACAUCAAGAAAGGGGGUUGCAGCAUACGAACUUGCAUCGCGCUUGCGUGGGGAGCUGAUAUAUUUUCAUCAUGCUGCAUCCAUACUGCCCGGGCUAGCUUUUCUGCGUUUCUUAUUCAAUAUUCUUUGAUACGUCUUGAUCUCCUUGGGAGAUAUCAGAGACGGUACUCCUGCC